UCCCUACCGCGAUCUCGGGCCUCCCUGCCGGAUUUGACCCCGGAAGCAGGGUGUUGGGCUCCGGUGCGGUAGCGACGGGGGACUGCGGCGCUAGCCUCAGAUAGCAGCAAUGUUUCACUUCUUCAGAAAGUCUCCGGAAUCUAAAAAGCCCACAGUACCAGAGACAGAAGCCGAUGGAUUUGUCCUUUUAGGAGAUACGGCACAUGAGCAAAGAAUGGCAGCAAGAGGUAAAACUUCAGAAGAAGAAGGCAACCAACCUUUGGAGGGACACCAAACAGCUUGGACAAACACUCCUGAGGUCAAGGGACAUAGGAGGGCUUACCAUCUGCUGGAAAUCAAAAAAGGAAACAGACUUUCAAAUUAUAGUAUCACGAGUUCAGUCUCAGAGGAAUUAAUAGCAGGGCAGCCUGGAGGGUGUAAUAACAGUGUUAAUACCUGGAAGGAGUUCACCAGGUGAAAGGACACAGGGGUGCGGACAGAAGUAUCCAGGCAGAAAGGAGCUGUUUAUGAAGAAUGUUCAAGGAACUGAGAACAGUUCAUUACCAAAUAUUUAUUGAAUAUUUGUGGACUGAAUACAGCUAAACCAUGGAUUACAAGAGAGAAAGUGGUGAAGGAUGAAGCCGAAGGGAUUCAGGGUCAGAUUUAUUCACUUCACAGAUAUUCAGGGGCAAGAGAUCAGUGUAUGAGACAGUCAUGGCAUCUGCCUUCAGGAAGCAUAUAGUUUAGUGGAAGAAACCGAUUAAAAAAGAAUGAAAUGAAGAAUGUCCUAUUAUGAUCAAUAUAAUGAAGCAAACAGAGUACCACGAGAACAUAAUGGGAAGAACCAACUUGAUGUGGAACUGAAGCACCGUCUCUGAGGAGGUGAGAUUUGAAGAAUGAGAAGGGGGUCAGAUCUGGAGGGGGUUGGGGUGUUAUCUAGACAGUUAACCACGUUGAAAGAUUUUCAGUGGGAAGGUGAUGCAAUCAACUUGCAUUUUAGACAAAUCUUCUGGCUCCUGCACAGAAUCUGUAGAUGAGUGAGAUAAAGGGGUAGGGAGAUUGGUCAGGUGGCUUUUCCAGUAAUCUGGGUGAGAGAUCAUUUCCUACUGCUAGAAUAUCUUAGUAACAGUGGUAUUAGGCAGGGAUAACAUUAAAAUAUCUAACGAUCAGUUUGGCGUGAGCAUGGGCUCAUCAGAAUGGGUGAUGACCUCAGCAAUAAGCAGGGUCUGCAGGCCUAUCUCUUUGGGGCCCCAGCUGGAUGGGCAGGCGGAUGUCAGAGGUGGGGCCAGCCCGACUGCAGGGUGGACCCCGCAGGCCUGCCUCCCUUUACAGCCGGUAUGGAAGUAUUUCAAUAUUUUAGCAACAGAUUUAGUUGUAGCAGCCUAAGAAUUAGGUAUAGGGAGGCAGGGAAAGUUUCAGGAGACGGUUAGGAAAGAGAAGGCUUAUAUUUGGGUAAUGCAUGAAGUGAGCAGUGAGCAAAAGGGAGGAGUUAGGGAUUAGGCUUUGGUUUCUGCUUGGGCAACCAGGUAAACUCAUUUAUUUUUUCAAUUGUAUUUAUUCAGCACUUUACGUGUAAGACACCUGGGUGACUUGAAAUGUCAAGUGGGCAAUUGGAUAUGUGAGGAAGGAACUGGGGAAAGAUCUGGGCUGAAGAAACAAGUUUGGGAGUUUUCAGCAUCAAGACGUCAUCUAAAGCUACAGAACGGAUGAGGUCCCCAGGGAAAGAUUAGUGAGAGAAGCAACAGAAGCCUGGAUGGAGCCCUGAGCAGCUCCAGCAGGUAGAGUUUGUGAAGAGGAGAGAAGACUGAUUCCUGAGCAGCAGCUGCUGCUGUAGGGGGAAAAAAAACAAUUGUGUGAGGUUUCAGGAGCUGAGAGUGUUUCCAGGAGGAGGGAGUGGUUAGCUGUGUUGAAAGCUGUGGAGAGAUUAAGACAAGACUAGAGUGUCUACUGGAUUUAGCAACAUGGGGACCGUUGGUGACCUUGAUAAGGACAAUUUCGGUGGGUGGUGAGUGCAGAGGUCGUAUUACGUAGUACUGAAGGUAGAUGAGGGGUGGGAAACUGGGUGUGGGGAGGACAACUUCUUACAGUGAUAUGGGGCUUCUUUGAUUUUAUUUAUUUAUUUAUUUAUUUAUUUAUUUAUUUAUUUAUUUAUUUAUUUAUUUAUUGGAAAACCUUGAGCAAGUUUAAUUGCCAGUAGGGGAGCCAGUAAUACAUUUUGAUAUAUUCCAGGGGUCAGAAAACUAGGGCUCCUGCCUGUUUGCAAAUAAAAUUGUGUUGGGACACAACCACUACUAUUCAUUUAUAUUGCCUAUGACUAUUUUUCUGCUAUGACAGCUUAGUUUAGUAGCUGUAACAGAGGCCCUAUGGCCCACAAAACCCAAAAUAUUUACUCUCUGACCCCUUAUAGAAAAAGUUUGUCAGCCCCUAGAUUAAGUAUGACAUGCUUUAGCCCAUUUCAUUUCUUCAGGAACCCAAAUAACUACAUACAUGUAUAAAUACAUACAUAAAUACACACGCCAACAAAUUCCCAAGUCAAAAGCACUAUAGAACUGAAUAAUGUAUAGAAUUGUAAAUUCUUCCUGGUCAGUUUAACAAUUUAUCAACAACAAAAAAAA